UCUAUCAUUUCAGACGCUGUGUCAACAGCAAGUCCCUAAGUUUCUUCCCCCAAUUCUUUGCUUUAACCCAAGAUAAAACAUACUACAACAGAGUCGUCCAAUAUGUAUACUCGUACUGUGAUUAUGGUUAUCAUUUGUAUAAAGAGCAUCUCAUAAAGAUGAAUUUAGUAGUAAUCUUUUGACGCAUUAGUUUGCUUUUGCCAUUUCAAUGGUCAACAUCGUGGAGCAGUUGGCAUCCAUUCCAUUCUAGUGCUCGAUGUGUAUAAUAUAGUAGCUGAUCUGAUUUAAUUUAAACACUCGUUACUAAUUGCUUUCAAUUUAAUUUGAAGUAUUAUCACAGCUGGAGUGGGUGGUUGGUCAAGUAAUCAACUUGUUAUAUAAAGCUUGAGAAAAUAUACAUACAUACAUACAUAUAUACAAUGGAUCAAGCAGAUAAUACAAAAAUGCGACGAUCUAUAUCGAUGCCAGUUAAACCACGACCAAUUGAACCGAAAUCACUUAAACGCUCGGAGGAAAAGGAGAAAAUUAACGAUUCCCGAGACUAUUAUCCAGAAAGUCCAAUUGUGGAACGGCGAAAAAAAUGUGAAUUGGCUAGCAGCAUAAGUAGAAGUGCGAAUAACGUACCCUGUACCAGUGAUUGGGUUGGCAGUACAAUGGAAUUGAAUCUAGAUUCACGCUAUAGUGAUGUUGAUCAUAUGAGUGCACGACGUCGUCAUCAUCGUGUCAUCGAAAAGAGUGGCAAUGAAAAUGUCAACAUCCGACGCAUACCCCAAAAGUCGUGGCGCUAUGUUCGAGAUUUGGUAACCACAAUGAUUGAAUUAGAUUGGAAAUAUAUGCUGACGAUUUUUAUUGGUACCUACUUCGCCACAUGGUUAUUCUUUGCUUUGCUAAACUAUAUGGUUGCAUAUUCGCAUGGCGAUCUAAUGUUUGACGAAGUGACUGGCGAGCGUUUGGGUGAGGGGAAGGAGCCCUGCAUUAAAGGCGUAUAUAAUUUCGUCUCGAUGAUCAUCUAUUCUGUGGAAACGCAAACAACAAUCGGUUUUGGCGAGAAAUACGCAAGCGAUGAGUGUCCAGAGGCUAUAUUCCUAUUUGUGAUGCAAAUGAUUAUUGCAAUUGGAAUUGAAGGAAUGUUGGUCAGUAUGGUAUAUGCGAAAGCAGCUCGGCCAGCCAAGCAAAUUACGAAAUUGAAGUUUAGCGACAAAGCGGUGAUUUGCUUCCGCGAUGAUAAGCUUUGCCUGUUAUUUCGCGUCUGUGACCCACGCAAACAACAAACGAUCGAAUCGAAAAUACGUGUAUAUCUCAUAACAGACAAAACCACGCGUGAAGGCGAGUUCGUGCAAACGCGUACUGAGCUAAAAUUGGAUGGUGGCGGUGAGCAAAUUAUUGUUUGGCCUGAAAUUGUAUGCCAUGUCAUUGAUGAGACAAGUCCAUUGCACUACUUGAGGUCAGCAAAAGAUUUGAAUGAGGCACAAUUUGAAUUAUAUGUGUCAAUAGUUGGCACUUCAGCAGCCACCGCAAUGGUAACAGAGGCGCGCACUUCUUAUGUGCCAUGUGAAGACAUCUUCUGGGGACAGCGCUUCGUCAACAUUAUCAGUUAUGAUACGCGAAAUGAGCACUAUAUUGUGGACUAUAGAAAUUUCAAUACAACCAUAUCGGUUGACAUGAAAUCUAGCUACGAUCGCGGCGUCGAAUGAAUAAAAUAUUAAUUACACAAGGGAACAUUAAUUUUGUUGCGGCAAAUGAUAAAGCUGUUAGACUUUCUUGAGCUGAUUACGAAUCUGUAAGUAUAAAGUUUCCAUCAGCUCCAGAUUUUGCGAAAAACGAAGUCAAAGAGUAAAAAAAUUGCGUUUUUUGCAAUAUCUUAGGUCUACCAAAAAACAAAAGGUGAUAGAACCUUCCACUUAGGCUUAAAUUAAAGCUUUAACCUGAGGAUACCAUCCCCGCACCUUGACCUGAUGGUCACUAAUAGUCACUUAUUGAACAAUAUAAAAAUACUGGAAUACUGUGCUAAUGAAAACAAAACGAAAUUUUUUGCCAAAAUAAGUUUUUACUGUUAAAUAAAUAACUAUAAUUGACCUUAGGGUAAAGGUUCAGGGAUGGUAUUUCAAAAGAUUGUAGUCGAAAGUUCAAGCCUUAACUUGAGCCUGCG